AUGGACGUGCCGGAGCGACACAUAGUUCCAAUCGAUCCAGAAUCGCAGAAAUUGCUCGAUUCACUUUUCUUUACAAUGACCAAUAACUCACAGUCACAUUCUUCUCAUUCUCACCUCAAUUUGAGGCUUAACCAAAACCGUAGAGAGAACGAGAGCGAGGAAGAAGAAGAUAUACAACGUUCGAGCACCUUUCAAUCACACAACAACAAUUCACAGAACCCACCACCUGCGACUCAACCUUGCAACACGUCAUCAAAUACAGCAUCAAUGGAAUCGCAAACAGACGAUACCAACACUCAACAAAAUGACCGAAACAGAAGCAACAGAGCGGAACAAAUUGAGCGAUUGAUGGCACAAGUCGAAGCACUCAGACAACAGGAGCGGUCCGAGGUUCAAGAAAAUAGCACUCCAACACAACAACUUUUCGUGGACGAAGAUACUUUGGCCCGAAUCAGAGCAGAGGCUGCAAACAAAGGAACCGAUCUAGUGAAAAAGAAGGUCUCAUUGCCUGAGAUAGUUCCUGGCUUUAAAGCAAGUUCACUAGAGAUAGGUGAGAGUUACAAUUUAAUUCCUCGUGCAUUUCUCUUCAAAAUCAACUGCGGCUACGCAAUCGCAGCAAGUGUGCCGUAG